GCCCACGCUGGUAAUAUACCAAUUCCUUCUUCUUCUUCUUCGAUUCCUGCUCCAUAUACCAAUCUCCCGAUUUCCAAUUACUACAAGCCUGUCGAGCAACCUAUAAACGCACCAACAAGUACCGACUAUAUACCAGCUCGUGCUAACAGAGGACAUUUUCAGUCCGUUCAACCUUUAGAGUAUCGCGCCGUUCCCAAGGGUGUCACUCAGGACUACUUGUGGGAAGCACAUAAAUGAAAGUAAAGUUUAUAGUUCUCCUCCCCUCUCGGUGAUGUAUUACAGCUCAUCACUUUUGAUUCUAAUGUAAAUCAACUCAUUAUUUCUGCCUUGUCUAACCUACAUAUUUCUGUUCGUAUUUGAAAAGUAUCGCUUUGUGUACAUCUUGCUAGGAGUCCACCAUUAUGUUAUGUUCCAUUUCUUUUACAUUCAUAUCAUUUAAUGAUAAAAAAUUUUGUUGUUUUCCUUUUUAUUCUUUUUUGUUAUUUUUUCUUUUGUUUUUUGGGUUCUACCAAAUCGUAAAGUGUAUCCAACCAUCAAUCGGGAUUGUGCGCCCCUGGAUGGCAAAUUGCCAACAAAUGUGAGGGGUAUCAUUUAUAAG